UAACUAGCUGCACACACACCGCCAAAACACCGCGAAUGAAGCAUAGCGGCGAGAAACCCGCGGGGCACUUAUUUAAAUCUAGUUUUAUUUUUUAUUUAUACAUAUAUAUAUUUAAACAUUAAAUCGGUUAUUUGCAGAAACCGGGACGGAAGGAGAGGAGAAUGGUCGUCCCUGAUGGUGGAAGUGUCCUCCAGCCAGCAGACGAGGUGAUGUCCAGCUCGGAGCCGGAGUUCGGUCCCAGUCUGACCGCGGCGGAGCUGCAGGAGGUGCGUAAGCUGCAGGAGCUGGUGCGCCGUCUGGAGGUCCAGAAUCAAGCCCUGCGCAACAGAGGCAGCAAACUCGUGCUGGGGGCCGCCGGCAACAGCGACCUCUCCACUAACAUGAACACCCUGCACGGGGCCAUGGACACUUCUCCUGGGAACCUGGCGGGCAGCAGCAGCAGUGAGGACAUGUCUCCGCUGCCCGAGGCCUCGCGGCCGGAGGAGGACGGAUUCUCAGGCUCCGGACAAACACUGGGAUGCUUUGAGCCGAGUCUGUCUCCGGAUCUCUGUGAGUCGGACACGCUGGGAGCGAGUGAUGCGGGUACGGACCAGUCCGGCCUGGACGAGGUGGAUGAGCUUGACUUAGAGAUGUGCGCUCAGGCCGAGGAUGAAGACAGUUGGUUGUACGUUUCACCAAAGAAGCAGGUUGCGGCUGAACUGGGGCCUGAAUCGCCGCUCAAAUGGUGUCGAAAAGUUCUCGAUCAUCCCAGUCCAGAGACGGAGGUCGCCUGCCGGACGCUCAUCAACCGGCUAGACCAAACGUCUAGAUGGAAGAACGUGUACAGUAGUCCAUCUCAGUCCAGUGAGGCUGGCGUCUCGUCCUCGUCUGCUGGGUACCUCAAAUCAACUAACAAAACACUACUAACCUCUGACAGCUCAGGUUACACUGGCGUCCCCUCGGCUCUCAGCUCACAGUCGUCUGUCGACAGCGAGUUAAGCACCUCGGAUGACUCCAUCUCCAUGGGCUACAAGCUUCAGGACCUGACUGAUGUCCAGAUAAUGGCUCGUCUGCAGGAGGAGAGUCUCCGGCAGGACUACGCCUCUACCUCGGCCUCGCGCCGCAGCUCCUCGGCCUCCCUGCAGUCUCUGCGUCGAAGCACCAACAGCGACCAGGAGCUGGACUCCUACAGUCAGGAGGACGAGGAGGACGAGUGCUGCUCUCUGCCGCAGCGGCUCCAGCGCUACUCUCCCUCGCCCCACGGCUCGCCCCGCUGCCUGUCGCCCAGCACACUGGCCGAGUACAGCCGCCCACGCAUGUCCCGCCGCUCGCUGCAGGGCCCGGGGCCCAAGAGUGAGGGUGGACCCUGCGUAAUAGCGACCCCUUUAAUGCUGACUGCACUCAUCUGGAGAGGAGAGGACUCUGCAUGCGAGUGUUGUGAGUGUGUAAAGCAGGCCGUGUGUGUGGUUUCAGAGGAGCUCAGGCACAGCAUGCCUAACCUGACCCCGCGCAGCAGCCUGCAGUCUCUGGAGGCGCUCAGAAACAGCCGCAGCAUGGAGGCUAACCUACAGAGCUCAGCCAGCCGCUCGUCCCGUCUGCCCCAGUCCCCCACAGGUGCAUCAUCUGUGAGGAUGAGGGCUGAUGGCCAGUCCCCUCUCUAUCUGCGCGCUCCCAUGAAAGCCCCGAGCUCCGUCAGCUCUGUGUCUGCGCUGCGACAGCAGGCCAAAGGGCCAGCGAGUGCCCAGGGAGGGCUGAGGAGGGUGCAGUCGCCCGGCCCCAACAAUAGGGCGUCAUACUCCGGCUCCAGGACCGCUGCUGUCGCCCGGCAAACGCCAGGAAGAGGCUCGACGCCCGCUUCACCUUCGUCCAGAGGCAGACUUCCACAGCCGCCCAGGAGCAGAUCACUGGGGAUGACCAAACCGUGUGCUCCCAUCGCUGAUGAAGCCUGGAAAGAUGGCUGUUACUGAAGCAGCUGAUUCCACAAAAGACACGGCAGAGAGAAAAAUCAACACAGAGUCCCUAAAACUGGAGCUUCUUUAAUGAGAGGAACGAUGGAUCGGACACAGUUUGCGUUCAAAGACUACAACAAAUUGUAAUACUUGCUUGAUUUUCAGAUAUCAAUAUACUUUUAUUUUCAUGAGAAAGGUGAAGUAUGAAAAAAGAACUUGAAUAAUGAAAGGUUUGAUGUCCUGUAAUACUUGUUUUUGUGAAACAAUGUGUGGAAUUUCAUUCCUAAAUGCUGUGGAGUAACCUGAUGUUGAUUUUUGCAUGUUUAUCUAUUUUUAGAAAUGAAGGAUAUGUGAUUUUUAUUUGAAAAAAAGUGUGAAUUUUUAAUUUGAUGAAAGAAUUGUUGUAUUCUGUAAAGCAAGAAAUGUGUUUUGUAUCGUCAAGACAAACACAGUAAUAGUUUCCACAAAAAAUUGUUACUUUUUUUUUUAUGGACAUCACAGCAAUGCUUCACGGUGCAUUACUACUGCAACACUGAUCCUGAACUCAGAGUGCUUGAAGUUUCUACACUUGCAUUCCAUCUAGAAGUUUGAUGCCUGUAUAGUCUAGGUUUAAAUAUGCACUAAGACAGUAAAAUUAGAAAUAUAUGAGUAUGCAAUGAUAAUGGAGUGCCUCAGAAAAUCAAUAAAUCGAUUUCAGCAAUAAA